UCUCUUAAAUAAGAAUGUUUUUGUGUGAUAUCUCGCCGUAUUUAUUAAACAUCUCAGAUAAAUAAUUUCAAUUCAGAUAACACUUGUAUAAACUUUAGAAACAUUAGAGUACUUAAAAACAAGUGUUAAUUACGAGCAGUUUUUCGAAUCAGCUUAAAUUACAUAUUUUAAAGUGUGCAAAAUGCUUCUUUCAACAAAGUUUUCACGUUUUUCCAAGUCGCUACGAUUUGCAACUAACAAUCAGUGUCUCGAUAAAUUUACAAAUGCUAAAAGUAACAGUUAUUUGUCGCAAGCCUCUCUUCAUACACUGAGAAAGGAAUUUGAGAAACUACGCUUUUCUGAUUUAAAUUUUAAUGAGUACCGUCCAGGAAAAUCAGUAAAUCAAAUUUGUUGUUUAAAAUAUUCAACAGAAGAGAUACCUCCGUUGCCUCCACCACUUCCUAAAUCUGAUGUGUUUGGUGCAAUGGGUGGCUUAAAAUAUGAAGCAGUUGCAUUGGAUACCGAUGAGAAGAAAGAAGAAGAAAGAUUAAAAACCCUGGGAGGACGGGUGCCGCGUAAACUCAAACCAUCUCCUGGACAAUACGCUGACAUGAUGAAAGCUUACAUGGAUAAAGGAGAUUUCGAAUCAGCGGAAAAAAUAAUUCUUGAAUGCAGAAAAAACUACGAUAAACCUACACCGUACAUGUUUACCCUUAUAAUAAGAGGAUUAGCCAUGCAAGGAAACGUUAAAGGUUGUUACAAGUAUUUCGCGCAAAUGAAAGCGGCAAAACAUAAAAUCAAAGGCAAUGUCUACACAAGUUUGUUCAAUGCUUGUGCCAAUUCGCCAAAUUCUGAUAAAGCCUUAAUAUACUUGGAAAAAAUCAAGGAUUAUAUGAUGAACCAAAAAGAGCCUAUGAACCAUGCUCAUUACAAUGCAUUGGUAAAAGCUUAUGGACAACACGAUGAGUAUGAAAAAGCUUUGAAACUCUUUCAACAAAUGAUGGAUAAAAAAAUGAAAAUUGGUAUAUCAACGCUGAAUAGCUUAAUGUUUGCUGCAAACUCGAAUAAGGAAUCUGGACUGAAGCAUGUUUUACAUGUCUGGCAACUGAUGAGAAAAUUAAGAGUUCCGCCUGAUAUAUUCACUUACAAUCUUAUACUGAGAGCCAUUAGAGACACCAAUUUUGGUAGCGAUUGUUCUGUAAGUCAACUACUUCUUCCAAGUGAGGAAUGUCCAGCAAUUAUUACAGACGAUAACAGACCGGAUUUGUUGUUGUACCCACCAGUCAUUAGUUCUUUACCCUUGAAAAAUAUACACAAAAAAGCAACAAAUCAGCUUUUACUGGAUGCUCCUACUUCAGAAUCUACAGACUCAGAACCUUCAGAGUCGACAGAUUCUAUGUUCUCAGAAAAAUCUGUACAAAUUUUACCACCGACACUAGCCAACUUGGAUUUAGAUGCAAUUUUAAAACAAAAUAAACUAAUUCUGUUUGGGGGUGUUGAAGGAUUUUUACAAAAAAUGAAGAACGACAGAAUAACGCCUAAUGUUAAAACCGUAACGUAUUUGAUUGAACUAGUUCCAGAUUCUGUGGCUGCAGAAGAUGCGAUUAUAAAAUAUGCUCGAUCAGAAAAGUUACAACUGGAUAUAGAUUUUUACAAUAUGUUGAUAAAAAAACGUGCCUUAAGAGGUGCUACCAAAGAUGCCAAGAAAGUUCUUGACGACAUUCAUAGGGCUGAUUUGAGGCCCAAUAUCGUGACGUAUGGAGUAAUGGCUCUUGCAUGCAACUCGACAAGUCAGAGUAAAGAUCUUUUAGCAGCUAUGAAAGCCACUGGUCAUACCAUAAAUAAAUAUGUUGCAGAUACAUUGUUUCAAUCUGCUUUUUAUCAAAGAGAUUUCAGUUUCACAUUACAGUUGAUGGAGAUAGUUAGGCGCGAAAGAGUACGAUUGGAAGAAACGACUUAUGAGAAACUAGAUACUUUUCAACAGAAAAUGUCGGGAUUGCUCAAAAUGAAGCAUCCAUGUGCACAAAAAGAAGGAUUUAAAGUUGGUUUCGCAACUUUCAACUUACGAUACAAAACUUGGCUACAAGAUAUGGGUAGGAAAGUCGUAACAGAACGAGAAUCUGUCGCAAAAUGAAAAGAAAAUGUUCAC